UUCUCACCAACCCAACCCCACUUCAUGUUCCACCAACUUCUUUUUCACUUAGAUUCUCUUCGACCCCAUUCUUCACUGAGCUUUCUCUCUCUUGGGUUACUCCAAAACACAAAAGUUGGCUUUUUUCACCUCUGAAAUCGUCGAUGGCGGAGACCCAGAAGAGCAAUGUGGUUGUGGAGGUCUUCGAAGAAGAGGAGCUUGCGGUGUCUCUGGCCAAAUACGUCGCUGAGAUCUCCAACAAGUUCACCUCUGAAAGAGGCGCUGUCACCGUUUGCUUGUCCGGUGGCUCUCUCAUCAGUAAUCUCAGGAAAUUGCUGGAACCACCUUAUGUUGAUUCUAUUGAAUGGUCUAAGUGGCAUGUGUUUUGGCUGGAUGAGAGAGUAGUGCCCAAGACUCAUGAAGAUAGUAACUACAAGCUUGCUUAUGAUGGGUUGCUAUCCAAGGUGCCUGUUCCUUCCUGCAAUGUUUAUGCAAUCAACGAUACCCUGUCAGCUGAGGGAGCGGCUGAUGAUUACGAGACACGUCUCAGACAGUUGGUCAAGAACGGUGUAAUAGCUUCAUCACCGGUCACUGGAUUUCCCAAAUUUGAUCUCAUGCUGCUUGGUAUGGGUCCAGAUGGCCAUGUAGCAUCUUUGUUCCCAGGGCAUCCUCUUGUGAAGGAGAAUAAAAGAUGGGUUACUUUCAUCAAGGACUCCCCAAAACCGCCCCCGGAGCGUAUUACUUUCACUUUUCCAGUGAUCAAUUCCUCUGCUUACGCUGCACUUGUGGUGACUGGUGCUGCAGAAUCGGUUGCUGUUCACUCUGCGCUGCGUGGAUCUCAAAAUUCUCCUAAGCUUCCUGUUGCAAUGGUUUCACCUGAAGGGGAGUUGAAAUGGUUCUUAGACAAGGACGCAGCCUCAAAGCUGUAGAUCUUGCAGCCGAGUAGUGCUGAUCGUGCACUUUGAAGUUGAUCAAUGUUUUCACAAUAAUCUAACCGGAAUGAGAUUUCCUGCAGCUGAGUAGUGUUGAUCAUGUACUGUUAAUGUUUUCACAUUAACUUAAGUUGGAUGAGAUGUUUUUCUCUCUUAAUAAUUAUAUAUUUUCCUCUCUUGCAUCCUUUGAGGAAGCAAAUUGCAGAAUGGUGGUGUGAAAAUUUAGUAAAAGUAAUCCAGAAAUAUUUAGUGAUACCAAGAAAAGUACCUCAGAGGAAGCAAUUGAUUCCAAGUGGCUCAUCGGUUCUCCAACAUGUUUGAAUGUCUUCUUGAAAUACAAAUCUUGAUUUUAAACUUUC